GCGGGUGAGUGAGUGAGUGAGCGAAAGAGAGAGAGAGAGAGUGGGGGAGCGAGCAGUCAGUCACGGCUGCAGACAGACAUUUCGUAAAACGGGGCACAAGGCAGUAAAAAAGAAGCUGGGCAAAAGGAAACCAGGGCACGGCCCGCAGGCGUCUGUGGAUUAUCCCGAGAGCACCGUUUGGCUGGAGCUGGCCACUUUCUUUUUUGGGGGGAGCUUUGUAAACACACAAGAGACGGCAAAAAUGAGACGGAGCCUUCGUGGGAUUGAGUAGACGAUUGUAAUCCAGCUAUGGAUCAGAGAUGAACAGCUUUCACCAGUCCAUUCACUUAUGUUGAAGUGACCUGGGGGUAUGUCCAAAAUGUCUGGAUCCUCCCAGCCUGUGGCUCAGAGUAGACGGUUAGUGGAUGCGCAUUCCACUUCCAGCACGAUGGCGAUUCCUCUACAGAUUCCUCGAGCUCACACGGAAGCAGGAAUGCUGGAUUAUCACAUCCAUUCCAGAGAUUACGGUUCAUUUGUGACUCUUUCAGGCAUGACUCAACCUCAUAGACGAAGACUAUCUUUACUAUCUGAAUUCCAGCCUGGCAAUGAAAGAGGUCAAGACCAGCAUCUCCGUUAUGAACCUUACCCUUAUAUACAGGAGCCUAGCAGCCAAUCAGAAGCAGAAUUCUCGGAAGCUAAAAGACCCAGGCUGGACUUGGGAAAUGAGACUUUGAGCCGGCAUCCAUCUCAUGUCACCCAUUCACAGAUUGGGUCAGCUGAGGACAUGACAAAGGAUCGUGUGUCUAGUAGUCUUGGCAAAUUGGAACCGAUCUCACCUGCAAGUCCAGCCCAACUUGAAGGGGAGCUGGAUCUAGUGCCAGCUCGAUUUUCCAAAGAGGAGUUAAUCCAGAACAUGGACAGAGUGGAUCGGGAGAUCACCAUGGUCGAGCAGCAGAUCUCUAAGCUUAGGAAAAAACAGCAACAACUGGAAGAGGAAGCUGCUAAACCACCAGAACCUGAGAAGCCUGUUUCUCCUCCUCCAAGUGAGGCCAAGCAUCGCAGCCUGGUGCAGAUCAUAUAUGAUGAGAACAGGAAAAAAGCAGAAGAAGCCCAUCGAAUCCUUGAAGGCCUUGGUCCCAGAGUGGAACUGCCACUCUACAAUCAGCCUUCUGACACCAAGCAGUACCAUGACAAUAUAAAGAUAAAUCAGGCAAUGCGUAAGAAGCUUAUUCUUUAUUUCAAGAGAAGAAACCAUGCCCGUAAGCAAUGGGAACAGAAGUUCUGCCAGCGAUAUGACCAGUUGAUGGAAGCCUGGGAAAAAAAAGUAGAACGCAUUGAAAACAACCCACGUCGGCGUGCCAAAGAGAGCAAGGUGCGGGAAUAUUAUGAGAAACAGUUCCCAGAAAUCCGCAAACAAAGGGAGCUGCAGGAGCGCCUGCAGAGGGUUGGACAGAGAAGCGGUGGACUCUCAACAUCAGCACUGCGAAGUGAACAUGAAGUGUCGGAAAUAAUUGAUGGCCUUACAGAGCAAGAGAACUCCGAGAAGCAGAUGCGUCAGCUGGCUGUAAUUCCACCCAUGCUUUUUGAUGCUGAGCAACAAAGAAUUAAGUUUAUCAACAUGAAUGGUUUAAUGGAUGACCCCAUGAAAGUGUACAAGGAUCGGCAAGUCAUGAAUAUGUGGAGUGAACAAGAGAAGGAGACUUUUCGAGAGAAGUUUAUCCAGCACCCAAAGAACUUCAGCUUGAUUGCUUCUUUUUUGGAGAGAAAGACUGUGGCUGAUUGUGUUCUCUACUACUACCUGACCAAGAAAAAUGAAAACUAUAAAAGUAUUGUAAGAAGAAACUAUCGUCGUCGUGGUAGGAGCCAGCAACAACAGCAGCAACAGCAGUUGAGCCGCAGCAGCCAAGAAGAAAAAGAUGAGAAGGAGAAAGAGAGAGACCCCGAGAAAGAAGAGGAGAAGGUGGAAAUGGAGAAUGAAAAAGAGGACCUUCUCAAGGAUAAAAGUGGCGAUACGUCAGGAGAAGAAGGAGAGGACAAAGAGCCUAUGAUCACUGUCAAAGGUCGCCAGACGGCUAACAGCCAAGGUCGACGCAAGGGUCGCAUCACUCGCUCGAUGGCCAAUGAAAAUGAAGAAGCUGCUACUCCGCAACUCAACAGUGAACUUGCAAACCUGGAGAUGAAUGAAAGCUCUCGAUGGACAGAAGAUGAAAUGGAAACUGCCAAGAAAGGGCUCCUUCAACAUGGCAGAAACUGGUCUGCGAUUGCAAAAAUGGUGGGUUCAAAAACGGUGUCCCAGUGCAAGAACUUCUACUUCAAUUACAAGAAAAGGCAGAAACUGGAUGAGAUCCUACAACAGCACAAAAUGAAAGUUGAAAAAGAGCGUAAUGCUAGACGGAAAAAGAAAAACAACUCGGCAGCUGUUGCUAAUGAAGAUGUCAGCAUUCCAUCAGCAGCAGAGGAGGAGGAAAUGGAGGUAUCAGGUGGAAGUGGAAAUGAGGAGGACAUGGCAGAAGAUGCAGAAGUUGCAGCCAACAAUAGUUCAGACACAGAAAGUUUGCCAUCUCCCAGAUCUACAGAAGAAGGCAAAACCAAAGAUAAUGAUGUUGGCAAGCCGUCAUCGGCAGAUGAGCACAAAGAUGAGGACAGUGGUGCAGCCAGUUCUGCCUUCAAAGACAUGGAUGCCGGACCAUGUGAACCAGAAGACAAAGGCAUGAUACAGGUCCUAAAGUCAGAGAAGGAGCCGAAAGAGGACAGUGUUGAAACUGAUGAACCACCUGUGGUUGAAGCUAUAAAGACAGAGCCGACUGAGGAUAGUAAAGAUCAGAAAAUGGACAUCGGUGAUCAAACGACUCACGGGGAUAUGGCAGACAUUAAGCUAAUGCCAAAAUCGGUGAAGGAAGAAAGCAAGGUUGGGAAAAAGUCUGGCUCCAAUGCCGACAGUGACUCUAGCGCCACCUGCAGUGCCGAUGAGGUGGAGGAGCCUGACACUGCUGAUAAGAAUAGGAUAAAUUCUCCUCGACCCAGCCUUCUCAACUACUCGCACGAUGGUGUCAUCAGCUCCCCUGUCCAGAAGCCAUUGGACCUCAAACAACUGAAACAACGGGCAGCAUCCAUUCCUCCUAUUAUGCCAGAGGUAUUGCCACAGGGAGGUGCGCAUAGUGCCCAGCCUCAGGUGCCCCAUCAUGCUCUGGCCCUGUACCAGCAGCAGAUCUCCAUGGUACACGAGUCGGUUCAAGAGACUAAGGCUUUGGCAAAGCAGCAGACCACACAGCAGCAACUUGCUGAGAAAGAGCAACAGCGAAGCAGCAGUCCUCAUGUAAAGUGCAAGAGUCCUGUAACCACUGGCGACAAGGAAGACAAGCCAGUGUCCUACUCGCCGAUAUCAGAAAGCAAGAAGCAAAAUGGAGAGGAAGAUUUAAGACCUGCAAAUCUGUCCAGGCCAUUACUGUCACUAUACCAGCCCUCUGCACGGGACAUGGCCAAACUGUGUCCUUCAGAACAGCACAUUCUGCACUGCAGUUCAGUGUUUCAACCAUCAGCCCAUCACAUGGCAGUUAACCUCCAGCAGGAGAACAGUCGACUGGCAGCAGUACGGCCUCUACACAUCCCAGACCCUCCACCUCUGAUAUCCUCAUCUAAGUUCUCUGGAGGCCCAGAAAGACCUGGAGGCUCCAUCACACAGGGUACCCCAGUACAGUCUCACACUUCACAGUAUGGAUCGGAAAACAGGAAAGUUCCCAUGGGCUCAGUUACAAUGGGAUUGCAUUGGAUGGAUCCCAAGAAAAUGGUGCCUUUCCCUAUAGUAAAACAGGAGCAGCUUUCCCCCCAUAGUCAAGCAAAUCAGCCAGAAAAUCUGGCCAUGCAAGGGUCUGCUCAUGACAACACCAGGGGAUCCUCAAUCUCUGCUGUGCAGGGAGGUAGCAUUACUAAAGGUAUCCCUGGCAUCCGAGUUGUUCAAGACAAUCCAUGUUCAUACAGAGGCUCCAUCACUCAGGGGACUCCAGCAGAAGAUCUUUAUAAGGGUACGAUUACACGAAUAAUGGCCGAGGAAAGCCCAGGCAGAGGAGACCGUGGAAGGGAGGAUGCGAUGAGUAAAGGACAUGUCAUCUACGAAGGCAAGAGUGGCCACAUUCUGUCUUACGAUGGAGCGGGCCAGAGCUCCAAAGAAGAGAGCCGUGGAGCAGGCGUCCCCACUGAAGUUCUCGGAGUUAAGCGCUCCUUUGACAUGAUGGAGGGGGCUACAACUAGAGGUGUAUCAAUGAGGGACUCUCCCUCGGCAAACUGUGAAGGGCUCAUUGGCAGAGCAUUGUCCCAGGAUCGUAAUAGCCCACACCACAUCAAAGAAGUUCAUCACAUGCGGGGCUCAAUUUCUCAAGGUAUUCCUCGCCAUCUUGAACCUCUUGAUGAAUAUGUGAGAAGAGAUGCCAAAGAGCUGAAGCGUGAAAGCACUCCGCCUCGUGGUUCUGCGUCGGAGACCUUGAAAAGUAGGUCCCAUGAUGGUAUCACUUCUCUGAAGCUACCUGGCAUGUCCCACGAAGGUUUGCGGACCACUGUAAAGGAGGCUGGCAGGUCAAUCCAUGAGAUCCCAACAGAGGUUUCUCCUACAAGUAAACCUGUCAAAGAGGGCUCCAUUACUCAGGGCACUCCCAUGAAACAUGACGGAAGUUCCAGUAAACGGCAUGAUGUGCGCUCAAUCAUGGGAAACAGCUCUAGACUGAUGCAUCCAAUGCCGCACCAUCUAGACAUGCUUCAGGAUGCGAGGGUACUGGAGAGGGCCCGGUACGAGGAAAGUAUGAAGGCCCGUCAAACUACAGGUGUGAGCUCAUCAGGUUCAAUCACCCGGGGCUCCCCUGUUAUCAUCACAGACGCCAGCAAAGCACAGCAUAGCCCACAUGCCUAUGAAGAACACAGGGGCUCCCUUAGAGCUGCCUUUCCCCCUGGGCCUUCACACAGAUGCUCUCCUGUAUCACCCCGUGAAUCCGCUGCAAGACAACAUGAAAGUGGGGGGAUUACAUCAGGUAAACCUCAAGGUCAGGAAAGGAAAACUACACCUACGCCAACCAAGUCCCCGCACCUGACCGAUCAUCCAUCCUCACUGACUCCCUACGAGCACCUUUUCCGAAGCAUGGGCACAGCUGAGAUCUACCGUAGCCAGAUCCCUCUCGCAUUUGACCCCACCGCUUUGCCCAGGGGCAUCCCAAUUGAUCCAGCUGCCUACUACUUGCCCAGACAUCUGACUCCCACUCCUGGUUACACUCAUCCCUAUACCCCAUAUAUGAUCCGUGGCUUCCCAGAAACAGCUGCCUUAGAAAACAGGCAAACCAUCCUGAAUGACUACAUCACCUCUCAACAAAUGCAUCAUGCUGCUGCAGCUGCUAUGGUACAAAGGGUCGACCUGCUGCGUGGUCUUUCACCCAGAGAACAGUUGGCGCUCUCCUACUCUGCUGGCCCCCGAGGCAUCAUUGACCUGUCUCGGGUACCCCCAUUGCCAAUGCAACUUACAGCUGGGUCAUCUUCUUCUCCUAUUGAAGGGAUCCCUUACAUUUCAGCAGUGCCUGCUGCCUUCGGAAGUGGAGCUUAUCCUGCCCCCAUUUCUCCAGGUCACGUGACCAAAAUAUCGGGCAAUUCAUCUUCUGAACGUGAACGUGAUCGAGAUCGGAGUCGAGAAAGAGAAAAGGACAGGGAAAGGGAACGAGAUCGAGAUCGGGAGAAGCCGACUUCAUCUGCCACUUCAAAUGUGAUAGCUGCACAAAUCUGGAGGCCAGCAACAGAGCAGAACAGCCCAGCAGGAGGAGUCGGUGGUGGCCGCUCCACUGCUCUUUCUUAUGCUCAUCAGCACUCCCCAGUAUCUCCACGCAACCAGGACAACAUCCAACAGAGGCCCAGCGUGCUUCAUAAUACUGGAGGGAAGUCCUUGCCUGUGUCAGUUGUGGAGGCCAACACUUCAUCAGUACUCAGGACAGCAUCAUCCACACCUGGACGAUAUUCUGCAAAUAAUCCACAGCCUCAGAGGCCAAUAACCUCAUCAGAAACGUAUUUGUGUAGUUUGGAGUCUGAUAACAUGCCAAAAGACCUUGUAAGAGGAGGAGUAGAAGGGGGAAAAUCCGAACGUCAGCUCAGCAGGGCAGGGGGUAACAACGUUAUUAUGCCCAAGCACACCUCUGACAAUGCAACGUCGUCACCUGCCAAAACAGAGCCCAAGGCAGUGAGUGCCAACGUGGUUGUAGGCUCUAAUAACCAGUACCCUCCCGUACAUGGGCAGCAGAGCAGAAGCCACCAGCCACUGCCUUCGCACCAUGUGCACAGCCUGCCUUCGGAGAAAGCUGCCAGCGAGCAAAGCAGUAGGGAAAAGACUCAAAACAAACCCGUUUCUGUGCAGGAACAGGAACUCCGAGCACUCGGUAAGACCACCGUGACAGCGGCCAACUUCAUAAACGCAAUUAUCAUGCAUCAAAUUUCUUGCGAUAAGGGGAAGCGAGAAAGAGGUUCCCUCGCAAACAACUUCAGCAGCGAUGGUCCUCCUGGUGGCUAUAGCUCUAAUAGUUCAGAUGGAAUAGAAGCAAUAAGUCCAGCCAACUCACCUCUACAAGUCCAUGAGAAAGCCCCCAAACAGAGCCCAGACCCAGACAAGGGGCAUGGUGUGGUAGACAUGAGACAGAGACCACAAGUUCAGCAGAAAGUCUCGUCAUUGGAUUCCCUACAUCAGCCUUUUCGUUUGGCUCCAGAAGACUAUCACUCUCCAGGUCACCCCCUCCAAGCUGCGUCCUCAAGCAAAGGUCAUCAGCGCGUCGUAACCCUAGCACAACACAUCCAUGAGGUAAUUACACAGGACUACACGCGCCAGUACCCCCAGCAGGCAAACACCCAGCACCCACAGCAACAAGGUUACAAUUACUCCGGCUCACCAGUGCUGGAUCUUAGGCGGACCACUAGUGAACAGCAGGAUUCACGCCAGGCUGCCUGUUACACUCCAGAGUCGGUCAAUGCAGACCGUGUGCGGGACAGGUCACCACAGCAUGUGAAGAUGUCUCCAGUGGAUAUGUCCGAAGAUGUGAUUGAGCCAGUCUCACCAGCAGGAGGCAUAUCAGAAUCGGAGCAGUUGCUGCUGCCUUCUUUUCACGGGGAGCUAGCUGAUCAAACAGUGGGCUCCCGCUCUCCAGCAAGCAACUCCCAGCACCCAGUGUUUUUCAGCAAGCUGACCGAAAGCAAUUCUGCCAUUGUGAAGACAAAGAAACAAGAGAUGAUCAAAAAGAUGAGCACAGGAAGUGCUAACAAGACUGAUUUCAAUGCUGGGCAGCCGGGAACAGAAAUUUUUAAUAUGCCAGCUUCCACAACUGCAGGGCCGGUCAGCUCUAGAAACUUCUCCAUUCCAGAGCACUCCAGUAACACCAUUGGCUUGGAGGCAAUAAUUAGGAAGGCCCUAAUGGGUAAAUAUGACGAACAAGGGGAAGACUGUUCACCUGUCAGUGCCAAUGCUAUUAACCCUUUGGCUGCAAGUGCAAGCGCAUCUGCUUCUGUCUCCAUUGCUGCUGACGGACGGAAUGAGGACAUUUACUCCUUUGCAGGUGGUGGGAAGUCAAAGAACAAUGGACGCUCCAGCAGUCAGAAAGCCAAAUCUCCAGGGCCUGGCCAAGCAAGUGGUGAGAGACCUUCUUCGGUUUCAUCUGUGCACUCUGAAGGGGACUGUAACCGGCGGACUCCUUUGACCAAUCGGGUGUGGGAAGACAGGCCCUCCUCAACAGGUUCGACUAUCUUUCCUUAUAAUCCACUAACGAUGAGACUCCCCACAGGCCUCGCUCCUGUGACGUCAUCCAUUGUGCAAGGCGGCUCCAGCGCAUCCAACCGUGUUUGGGACGAGGAAAGAAAACCACUCCUUUGUUCCCAGUAUGAGACCCUGUCUGAUGGCGAGUGAAUGACAAGGAGCCAAUAUUUGGUUUCCAUUCCUCCCAGAAUUAAAACCCACCUGCAGAAUGAGGAGUGAUCCUUCUGUCAGCUGUGAAUUCUCACCAUGUACCCCUUUUUCUUCUUUUUCUCCUCCUCCUCCUCCUGCAACUAUGCCCUUACAUGGGGAAAAGAACACUUAAGAAAUGGGACCUUCUCUGUGCGCCUUCACAGAAGAACGAGGUGCAGCGAUAACGGCCAGUUCUGCUUCAGCAGACCUUUGAACUCCACGUCAAUGUUGAAUCGUUGUGAGAGGAGCCACGUGUUUAGUGUUUGAUUGGCAUUCACUGGGACUUGCUCCACACUUGCUGUUUCUCUUCUCCCUGCAAACUGGGAAUUCUGACAAACAAGACACAUGCAAAUGGUGAAUGCCACUUUGAACAAUAAUAACACGAGUAUGUCCUAACCAUUGUUGCAUACCAACAGUGCUAAUGGCAGGAUGUAGGCCCCGGACAAACUAGAACCUCGGCAUACAUCUGGAAACAUUCAACGAGAGCACUGGUCACUAGCACUAAUGUUUAUAGCAAGGAACUGUUUUAUGGCUUUUAGGGGUCCCAUUGUAUGAUGCUAGGCCCAGUGGCUUAGUGUCAUAGCCUUAUGUUGCCUUUUAUGCCUCCCAGAAUGCAUUUCUGGGAACUCGUCUCAGUCUGCAUGCUGUUCCAGUGGCUGUCUGCCUAUUCUUUUGGGCCUUUGAUGCCCCGCUUCUCACAGCGAUAGCUCAGACCGUUUAUCGAUGGUGCCAUCCAGGAUGUUGGAGUGACAUUGGAAGAGAUCAAGGACUCUUUUUUGUGUUUAUUGAUCAGGAAUUUCAUCGAGAACCAUCUACACUGUGGUCUGAUUGGUAAUUUAGUGCUGAUGCUGAUGACAGGGAGUUCUGCAAAUCAACUACUUGCAUAUGUAGCAAGUGAAAAAACGCAAGACAUGGACGAACCUUUUUUUGGAGGGAGAUUAGGACCACUUAGUAAUAAAAAUACAUACGUCAUGUGUUCUGUUCACUGUGAAGUGUUUGCCUUCUUGAAGAUGUCUUUCUUGAAACCCGUGAAGUGAUUUGAACGAGCCAUGUCAUUUUUGUAAGAAUGGCACUUUUGUAGGCCCCUCAUUCCCAAGACAGGUACAGGUGGGAUCAUCCACAUAGGGGGCCGACUCUGCAUUACGAGAUUGUGCCUUGAGGUGGACACACUAGCAAUGCUGGCAAGGUUCAGAUGCUGCUGUUUAGUGCAGUGUGUUUGUGAAAGCUGGGCAUUGCUACUGGAACAGUCAUGAGUUUGUUUUACAGGGUAUUUAUUGCAUAUAAGUAUUGUGUGACUUGAUAAUGCCUGUGAAUAGCUGGGAGUGUGGAAGGGGCAAGGCGCAUUGCUCAGAGCAUUUGGCAUUUACUUCAUCCUCUAAGAGGACCCACUGAGCUUGGUGGAAAUACAGAUGGCCACCAUUUAUUCUGUCCUUCUUUGUACCCUGCUCUCCCACACUUCCACCCAACGUGUGAAAUAAGGGGGGCGCCUGACAGCAGUUUUUGGGACCCCAGUCAGAUGGGAAGCGAGGAAAGCUAAACCAGCAUUUGACAUAUGUUAAUAGCCAAGGAGGGGGAGAUCACUAGUGGAUCAGGAUUGGUUUGGCCUAGUUCAGACAAAAAAAUAAAUGCAAGUCAUAAAGGACAGACACGUUCUGUAUGCAAAGCCAUGUUAAUGUUGGCAAAAAGGGCAUACACCGUAAGGACUUAGCGCAGCUUUCCUUUGUUGCAAGAAACGCACACACUGAUAGAACCGCAGAUCACAUCACUCUGAACGUUUAGUUUGCCAAAAACCUGAAAAUGGAGCUGGAACCAUUUUGAAUAAAAUCUUUAUGUUACGUCUUGAAACAAAAGGCCAGUACUGUUAGAAUCCAGCAACAUGGCGGUUUUUGUUUUCCCUUAUUUGACGGUUAAAUCUUCUUCAGGUAGUGAUAAAAUGAUGCUCCCUUCAAAAAAGUUAUGCAGCAAUAACUCCUCCAGUCGCGUGCCGUAGGUUGAAAAUAUUUUAUUUAAAAGUUAUUGUGUUCAUAUAAACAUGUCAAAGCUCUGUGUGUCUGUGUAGUGGCUUCAUUUUUUUUUCCCCCUCCUGUAAAUUUAUUUUAGCCAGAAAAGAAAAAAAUCCAAAACAUUUUACACUUCAAUCGGAAUAAAGUGUCCAACAGCAGAGACGAGACCCUCGAGGUGCUCCUGCUGCCCUUUUCUGCUGGUCACUGCCAGCUGCUGACAUUGUCGUGUGCCAGUCAGUCUAGAAGGGCGUCUGUGGAUUCUGGGAUUUGCCGCCAGACUACUAUGAGGAGUGGCGUUAGCUUCCAUUGUUUUUCUGAACGGCAGCAUUUGCAUUUUUCUGUACUGUAGAACGAUAUGUUAGUGUUGAAGUGCCAUUUCCGUUGUGUACGCAGUACUGAAGUGACUAUGCACAAGUGUUUUGAAUGCCAAGGUGUGUGGUACCUUACGGUAAAUGCCAUCAGUAGAACAAAACACCGCAGCAGUCGUCGUCUUUUUAACGUAAAUUGAUUGUUACAGGUAGCACGUCCAUAUCACAGGUGCCUCUGAGAGGAUGGCCAUUAGCUUCUUCAGACUGAACACAAGAUAGCUAUUGAGGAAUAUUUUUAUAUUAAAUAAAGAACAUCAUAUAAAGUGUUUAUUUUAUAUUUAGUAUACACAAGCCCUAUAUACAGAGUACGUCUGUGCAUUGAAAUGAUAUACUGUUUAGUUUAUGUAUACACAAGUGAACAUGUGAGCAAAGUGUGUAUAUCCUAAAUAUUCUACAGUAUAUGCAUUGAGUGUGUACACACACUGUAUAGACAUAUACCACGGCCAUAUUCUUAUAAAUACACAGUCUAUAUAUAUAUAUAUAUGUAUGUAUAUCCAUAUUGCAUAUAUUUUAUUUUCUACAGAAAUUACUGGAUUUUUGUUUUUCUUUGUUAAUGUCAUGUAUGAAGCACUGAGUAAAACCAGCCCCUCAUGUUAUCCUGUUGACGUGUCAUAAGCCUCAGCGCAAAUUGGGUAAUCUCUGUAUAUUUAACACGUGCACACUGUUUCAUUUAUGUGUGUGUGUGUGUGUGUAUAUAUAUAUAUAUAUAUAUAUAUUUAUAUAUAUAUAUAAAAUAUAUGCCCUAUGGUGGGCUGGCGCCCUGCCCAGGAUUUGUUCCUGUGUUGACUGGGAUUGGCUCCAGCAGACUCCCGUCACCCAGUGUUAGGAUAUAGCGGGUUGGAUAAUAGAUGGAUGGAUAUAUAUAUAUGUAUGUAUGUAUAUAUUUAUAUAUACAUAUAUAUACACGAGCGUGUGUGCAUAUGUACAUUUCUUUAUCCCGGACCCCAGUGAUUCAAAGUGGAGUCCAUCCAAAAGUUCUGAUCGCUUCUGAACCCGCUCACAUUCCAGAGUCUGCAGUUCAAACUGCAAAAUACAAGUGGCAACUGGGCACCAAAAGAAGUGUGCCCCACCGCCAUCAGUUGUGCCACCACAGCUUUGUCAUUCCCUUUUCGAUGUUUCAAAAUGAAGUCUUCAGUUUUUUUUUGUUUUUUUUUUUUUUUGUGCGUAGUUUUGAAAAUGUCGGGCCAGUGGAAGCCUACAAGAAGGUGCUCUCUGUUCAAAGACACACGUGAUGAGACACGACAUUCUCGUUUGCGACAUGUUGUACUUGAAAGUUGCUUAUCUCUUCUCGGCAAAGUUGUUCGUUUUUGUUUUUGCUGGUUCCAAACACUGUGGCGUGCUGCUCAGCACUCAGCAUGACUGCAGGAUCGUGUCCGCCUAGUGCUUAUAUCAGUAAACGCGUAUCUCACUUGUUGCUCGCACCUGGCCCCAGACCAGGGUGGGGUAUUUGAGUCAGUGCAGUCAUUUGUUCCUUUGUCGUCGCUGUGAUGUGAGGCUCCUCUCGCAUCAGUGCGCUGCUCUGACACACAAACGCCAAUUUUCAGUCAGCUGAGCUCCCUGCCUUUUCCGAAUGGCUUCGGCUCUCCUUGCCACGAGUCUCCCCGCACUUCAGAGGCGGCCGACGUCCCACCCGGCCAGAGCUGCAUCCCGCUGGACGAGCCGCUGUUGAGUGAGCAGUGUCGAGAUCUCUGGGAACAACGUGGUGCUGUGACACGUGUGAUGGGAACGCCAGUCCUGUUUUGGGGCUUUCUUUAUGACCUUACCUGCUAUGUCUUAAUAUCUUUGUGCCUGCUGGCUACCUCGUGUAGAAACUUAAAGGCUUUGGUUAAAACUGAAAAAGCAGUUGUAUUAUAUUAAAAAAAAAGAAAAAAACAAAACACCGAGGUGUCAGAUAGUUCUAGAAACACACUAUAGAGUUUUAGACUUCAGUUUUCAUACUAAAGACAAUAAAAUGCUUCAUGUUUUCUUUUAUUAUUUUUUUGUUUUUUAGUGGAAUGUGUUUCAUUUGUGCUACCUGCUACAAUUUCAUUUGAUUGUGCAAUCAAAGGGCCUUUUUGUCGUUGGUGUUAUUUGCUUUUGUAACUUUACCGAAUGAACAAAAGGAAAAAAAAAGGCCAAUGUAUUAUCGUAACUGUACAAGGGGGGUGGGGGGGGGGGGGCUUUGGGUCGUAUAACUUUUGUACAAUCAUAGUGUGCAUAAGGACUUUUGGAUCCCAGUGUAUGAUAGAAUGGACUGUACAGAAAACCGAGUUGAUGUAAAUAUUUAUGUGGCUUGCUACAGGGUUUGUUUACUUCUACGGAAGGAGAUUUUGUGCACUGUUUUACUCAAGUUGCCCACCACGCAGACACGGUGGGUAGCAGUGUUGUGACACUGCCUUAAUGUUUCAAUAAAAAAGCGUAUUGCCAGCA